AUGAGCACACUCAAAGGACAAUACCUGCAGCCAGAAAACACCGUCUACGCGCAGCAUCGCUUAGCGACACGGAAGCAGCGGCCUGGGGAAUCGAGUGCUGAGUUUGUCCGGGCACUACAGAGACUCAUGUGGACCUGCGGCUGCCAGGGGCUGACGGCAGAACAGCAUGUGGAGCUCCUGCUCUCCACCCUCAGGAUCCCUCCCCCACCGCUGUUCACCAACCUGACCCCCGACUGUAAACCCGUGGCAACUAAAAGCAGGAGGUACAGCGCGGGGGACCGAGCUUUCAUUAAGUCAGAGGUGCAGCGGCUGCUCAGGGAGGGGGUCAUUGAGGCAAGCGGGGAGAAGAAUAGGAUGGUCGUGGACUAUAGCCAGACCAUCAAUAGGUUCAUGCAGCUCGACGCGUACCCUCUACCCUGCAUCGUGGAUAUGUUCAAGCGCGUCCCCUUCGGUGUCACGAACGGUGUGUCUGUCUUCCAGAGGGAAAUGGACCGGAUGGUGGACCAGUGCCAACUGAAGGCCAUGUUGCUAUAUCUGGAUAAUAUCACCAUCUGCCGUCACGACCAGCAGGAUCAUGACAACAACCUCCAAAAAUUUCUCCAAGCGGCCAAAGCUUUCAAUCUCACCUAUAACAAGGACAAAUAUGUGUUUGGAACCACCCAUCUUGCUAUCCUUGGGUGUGUCAUGGAGAAUGGACCCUGA